ACCUGCUCACAUAGGCGAUAAUAUAGAUGAUAUCAGGCGCCUUAUCAAUUGUAUGUUACAAGAGGACCGUACCCAGUUUGAGGAUGAGGUCAAAGAACAAAAUAUUCGUAACAUUGUAUCAGCAAUGAAAUGGGCCUUAAGACAUAGUUCUACGGCUCUUGUUCCUUAUCAAUAUUAUGACGAAUUCGUUAGAUAUGAACAAGAGUGGGAUUAUGAUCCAAGCAAAGGCUCCUUUAGGCAAUUCCUUUGUUAUCUUCCCAAACAGAAUCAAGAAAUUCUUACUGAAUUAUUUGAAGUCUGCUCUCAAGUAACUGCUGAAUCUCACAUUAAUAAAAUGUCGGUACAGAAAAUAGUAAAGUCUUUAGCUCUUUGCAUAUUGAGUGAUCAAGAUAAAUCUUUACAAAAUUUUGAUUCUGCUUAUUCUGAAUGGAAAAAAUGCUCAAAUGCUU